AUGGCAGCUAUGGUCAGCAGCCACAGGACGAUCAGUACACGUGACGAUCUACUUAUUUCCUUCCUUUUCCCUGUCGGCGCGACUGCUACUACUGCUGUCGGCAGAGUGCAUCGACGGCGCGGCGGCAUGGCCAGCAGCGGGGAGCGCGGUGGCGGAAACCCGCGCAAUCCUGGGGGCAGGGGAGAGCGCGCGGAGCAGAUGCGGGCGGAAAACGGCUGCCACGCGGACGGGGAGUGCGCGCCCAGCGAGAGGGGAGAGGCAGCGGGGGCGACGGCCCAAGCGGGCAGCGCCCCUGCCGAUCGGCAGCGCGGAGAGGAGCCGGCAGCAAGCGGCGAUGCGGCAAACGGGUGGCUUGUCCUUGACGGCGAGCGGAAAGCGGCAGGGUCGAGCGGGGUCGCGGAGGCGGGUCGGCAUCGCAGCAGCAGCCUCGGCGAUUCCCCGCAACAGGUAGACGACGAGUAUGCGGAGCCGUAUCAGUUCGCGCAGUCGCUCGUGUCGCUGUCGCACAACCCCGACUCGCCCGUCAUCAGCAACUGCGCCACGUGCGGCCACCACGGACCGCCUGGAUCCUGCGCAUGUGCGCCGCUGACUCCGCUUCGACAGCGCGGCGCAGCAGCGGCGGGAUCGGGCGGACGUGACUAUAGCGACGUGCCGCAGUUGAAGCUGGAGUCAGGGGGUACCGCGGACGCGCAAGCGGCGCAGAGAACCCGCGUUGGGGUGACAGCGGCGUCGGCAGCAGGGGGCGAGGCGGUACAGGAGAGAGGCGAGAAGCGCAUGGCGCAGCAGCAGCAGCGCGCGCUCAGAUUCGCGUCCAGCGUGGACGUGCGGAGGAUCGCGGCGGGCGGCAGCAGCGACAAGCUGGCGAACGGCGCGCGCGCGGAGGGCGGGGAGAGUAGGGCGCAGCGGCAGGUGGCGCAGAAGGCGUGGGCGGAGGGGUUCGACGCGAUCGAGCGCGGGCUGGUGGCGGCGGUGAAGGGGUUCGCCAUCGGCGCGGGGCUGCGCGGCGGACUGUCGCUCUUCAGCCUGCUGGGCCGACUCAGACGACGCCGCGCGCGCAUUGCCUCGGGCGACAAGGACGCAGCAGCGGCGGCGGGCGUGUGGGAGGGCGUGGUGGGGGUGGUGCGCGAGGGUGUGCGGUACGGCAUGUUUGUGGGCACGUUCGCCGGCUCAUACUGCGUGCUGGACGAGGGCAUUGCUGCCGUGGGCGGACACGAGAAGUACGUGCAUGUGCCUGUGCGCGGAUGUAUGCACGCGUGCCGUGCGUGUAUUCGUGUGUGGGCGGUGGGGGUUGGAUGGGAGGACGCGCAGGUGGCGUGCGCUGCUGGCAGGGGCAGCAGCAGCGCCAUCACUCCUCCUAGCGGGUCCCAACACGCGGCACACGAGUCUCGCGCUGUACGUGCUGCUGCGUGCCGUGGUGCUGGCGGUGCGCUGCGGCAUCAAGAGCCCCUCCUGGGGCUGGCUCUUCCGCCCGCUCACCUGGCGCCAUGGCGACACUCUGCUCAUGUGCAUCUCCGCUGCUCAGAUCCUCUCCGCGUGGAUGCUAGAGCCGCACAGCCUGCCAGCAACAUACGUGUCCUUCCUCAACAAGCACGGCGGGAAGCCUCCCUGCGUAUACCAGGCCAUGAACCAGAUGGCGCUGCAGGGGGGCGUCUCCCCCUCCUGCACUGCGGACCUCGCUGCCAUGCUUGCGCGCAAUGGGGGGAAGGGCGGGGGGAGCGGGGGGAAGGGGGGAUGAAGCUGCCGUGGACGCGCGCUGUGCCGGCGCAUGAGGCCGUCAUUCCCUGCGAUUUCCUGCACCCGGGCGGGUGGUGCUGGUGGCACUUCCUCUCCUUCCUACCAGCGGCGUACAUGAGGGCCGUGCCCGUCUACGUGCCAGUCUACCUCGUGCCUGCACUGCUCGUGCACCGCUCCUCCCUCCUCCGCCAGCCUCUGUCCAUUGCACUGCGCACGGCUCUGGGAGCAGCGCGCUCCUCACUCUUCCUCGCCACCUACUGCGGCACUGCCUGGUUCUGGACGUGCAACAUUCACCAGCUGGUGGGCAAGUGCACACGAGCGACCAUGGCUGGUGGCGCGUUCCUGUGCGGGCUGGCAGUGCUGCUCGAGAAGAAGUCUCGCCGCAUGGAGCUAGCGCUCUACUGCUUCUCGCGCGCCAUCGAGUCCUUCUUCAUCUGCCUCGCCUCCUGGGGGAUCCUCCCGCCCCUCUCCUCUCUCGCCAUCUUCCCCGCCCUCGCCAAGCACUACCUCUCCACCAAACCUGCUGCCGGAGCACCCGGAGGCUCGGCAGCAGCGGUACGAGCGGGGAUGGGCAGCAGAGCAAGCGCAGGGGGGUGCAGGGGGGGAGGCAUCGUGAAGGAGUCGCUGAGCGGAGUGCUCCCAGUGGCAGCAGCGGUGCUGCAGCCGCACGCGCUCCUAGACGUGGCGCUACUGGCAGCAGCAGCGGGGGUGAUCAUGCAGUGCUACCAGAGCGAGAGGGACGUGUUCCGGUCCAAGUACCUGAACGUACUGGACUGGAUCUUUGGAGUUCCCAAGGGGCAGAAGGCUGCUUCGGAGCUCAACCGCCGCCGGUCUCCCCAAGUGCACGCGCUGGAGCAUGCUAAGCCGCGCUCGCUCUCGCUCCCGGCCUUCUCCCUGCCCGCUUCUGCUGCUUCUGCUGCUGCUGCUGCUGCUGCUGGUGGUGGUGGUGGUGGUGGUGGUGGUGGUGGUGGUGGUGGUGGUGGUGGUGGUGGUGGUGGUGGUGGUGGUGGUGUUGCGUCUGGUUCACUUAUGCAAGUUGCAUAG